AUGAGCAACGCCGACCGCAACCUGACGGUCGAUAAUUACACCAUCCAUGGCAACACCAUCGUCGACAAUGAAACCAAAGACGUCAUCAAACAAACGAAAAACCUCGACGGUUCGCUCACGGUAGAAGGCAAGUACACGUGGUACCCGAACGGCACCAUCACCACGCCCGGAGUGACUAUCUACGUUGCCGGCGCAGCCAGCUUUGUGCAAAAUGCGAAUACGAAGCUGUACGGCAUGGGAGUUGCGAGGAAUGCGGCAACAGACAAAGUGCUGACGUGGGUUGAGAACCCCAACGGCUCGUUCACCGCUGGCGACAUCACCGGCUGGGCCAACGGCACGUUCCUCGGCUCCAAUGGUGUCGUGCUGCGCACACGCCUCUCGUUCAAGCCAUCGAUCGGGUCAGGUGGAAGCACCGGCACCAGCGGAAGUUCUGGCGGCAGCGGCGGAAGUUCUGGCAGCGGUGGAAGUUCUGGCAGUGGCGGAAGUUCUGGCAGCGGCGGCGGCCGUGAUGGCAGUCUGCCGUUUGGUACGGACUACACGCUGCUUCCCAACAGCACGAUCGUGGGUCCCGGCGAGUCGGUGGUAGAGAGUGGCAAGCAAUUCCCCGUGAAUCCAGAUGGCACCAUCUCCGUCACCUCUCCCACUCCUGACCCCAGCGGCACCAAGCUGUCGUUCAACCCCGAUGGCAGCCCGACUUAUGGACCCGGCUACACCAUCUUACCUAGCGCUCCUGGUGUUUCCGUCGCCCUUGUUGGCAUGCCCAGGUACACUAUUGGCGGCACGACGAUGCUGGCCAAUGGCACGGUGCUGGACGCGGCCGGAGUGCCGAUUGUGGCGACGGCAAAUCCGGAUGGGUCGUUCACGGCAAGCGACCUGGCAGGGAAUGAGAAUGGCACACUUGUGGGCGCCAAUGGUGCGGUGGUCAACACCGGCAAGCAGUUCGCCAUAGGCCCGGAUGGCACCAUUACUGUCACCUCUCCUGCCUCUAGCUCUGCCCCUGCCCCUGCCUCUAACCCCGGUCCCACUCCUGCUGACCCCAGUGGAACCAGGCUGACGUUCAACCCAGACAGCACCCUGUCAUUUGGACCCAACUACACUCUCCUGGCAAACGGCACAGUCACUGACUCCACUGGCGCUACUGUCUCUCCCACUUUCAAUCUGGAUGGCUCCUUCACUGUCGGUGGCAACUACACUACCUACCCCAACGGCACUCUCACUGCCCCCGGCGUUGCCGUCAGCACCGCCGGCACGCUGGGGUACACAAUAGGCAGCACAACAAUGCUGGCCAAUGGCACCGUGCUGGACGCGGCAGGAGCGCCAAUUACGCCCACAGAUAAUGGUGAUGGGUCAUUCUCAGCGGGUGACAUCACAGGGUAUGAGAACGGCACUCUUGUGGGCACCAACGGGGCUGUGGUCAACACGGGCAAGCAGUUCACCAUAGGCCACCAUAGCACCAUCACCGUCGGCGCUCCUGCCUCUGCCCCUGCGCCUGGCUCCCUCCCCGGCCCCGUUCCUUCCAGCGGCGGCAGCAUGACGUUCAACCCGGAUGGCAGCCUGUCGUUUGGCGCUGGCUACACUCGCUUCCCCAACGGCACGUUUGUGGACUCCACUGGAGUGCUUGUCUCCCCCACCAAGAACACAGACGGGUCUGUCUCUGUGGGCGGAGAUUACACCUUCUACCCCAGCAACACCUUCACUGCACCUGGCCUCUCUUUCUCGGAUACCGGCGGGCUCACCAUUGGGGCGACGACGAUUUUAAUUAAUGGCACGAGCGACAACUAUCAGCCCUGA